CAAAUGUCCUGCAAUAAAAUCUUUGCUCUGAUUAUACACGGAGCAAGCCAACCUAAAGGGUCGAACAACUUUGCCACUUCAGACAAAAUUUUCCUUUUUGUCCAAUUCACAGCUUGUAUGGUCUCAGAUGGUUUGAACACAAAAACAUCGGAACUCGGUUGCCAAGAAAUACCUAAAGUUUUUAAAGUUGAAUCGAUAGUGGCUCUUUGUCUACACAAUCAACAUUCGCAAGCUGCACGUGUCGGCUAUUGGUAGAUGAAUGGUUUAAAAGAGGCGCCACCGCAUAGUGGAGACCAAACGAAUUCGAAGUAUCUCUUCUCAAAUUAUCAUUGUGCAACAGGUUAAAACUCUGUUUCGUUGGCAAAUUAAAAUGAAUCUACUACACGGUUUGUUUUUGGUGCUAUUCGUCGUUGAAUUUUCGGAACUUCAAGGAAAUUAUGGCUUUUUCUCGCAAGCUCUUCUCAAGGGCGAAGUAAUUGAAAACAUGUCACAGGCAAAGUUUGUAGCUGGAAUCUAUGCCCCUACAAAAUAUUUAUAUCUAUUCAAAGACAAGUCAACUGAUGCUUAUAGAGCAAUGCUGUCCGAAUGUACCGCAUUUAUUCUGUCAAAAACGGAAAUUAUCACGAAUGCCCAUUGUGUGGCUGGCGCCCCAUAUAUUUAUGUGGUAGUUGGUACGAAAGUUGCAUUGGAAAAAAACCUAAUCAAAGUCGAAAAAGAGAACAUUGCAUAUCACCCUUAUUAUAGUCAUUUACUUGUUGGUGCAUUUGAUAUUGCCAAAAUUACACUGAAAACGCCGUUAGAAUUCAGCGAUACCGUUGGCAGUAUUGAACUCGUGGACAAGGAUUACAAAUUGAAUGACCCAUCAGAAGUGGUCACUGUCUAUGGGUAUGGCGUGUUGAAUUCACCAAUGAUAUUGAGGCGUUGCGAUGCGAACUAUAUAUAUGAUGUCGAACGGGCCAACACAUUCAACCCAGUUGAGACUUUGUACUUUACCACUGGCGAAGCUACGAACGAUGGCGAAAUUAUUACACCUGGCGAUUCGGGUGGACCAGUCGUUUCAAAAACAAAUGGCAAAAUCGUGGGCAUAACUAUGGCUAGAAAUGGAACAACAGGUGGCCGCGGAAUGUUCCUCCCAAUUACGUCAUUCCUUGAUUUUAUCCAUGAUCCAAAGAGCGUGAAACCACUUCCACCUCCGCUUACACCAAACGAAGCCAAAUUCUUAGCCGAUAUAUCGGUACCGGGGAAAUUUCUCACCCUCACCAAGAAAGCAUAUGCCAACACCGACGAAGAUUAUCGAAUAUACUCUAAUGCAAUCAUUUUGUCGGAAACCGAGAUUUUGACCUGUGCACAUAAUGUACACGGCGCCCCAUAUGUCUAUGUAAUAGUUAAUAAACUAUCAAGCAAUCCGAUAAAAAUCAAAGUCACCGAAGACCAAAUAGAAAUUCAUGAGAAAUACGCAUUGUCUGGAUUCACAUUUGACGUUGCCAAGAUUACACUUAAAGAACGGUUGGAGUUCAACAACAACGUCGGCAGCAUCGAUUUGGUGGACAAAGAUUACAAAUUGAAUGACCCGUCUGAAAUAGUCUCUGUCUAUGGUGAUAUGACAUUGGAUGGAACAAUAGGAACGAGGCGUAAUGAUAUAAAGUAUUUGGACGGCGCCAAAUGCAAAUCGAAAUGUGGCGCUGUAUUUGAUGCAAAUCAUUUGAUGUGUUACACUUUAGAUGAAAGCAUGGGAACUCCCUUUACGUUCGGAGGACCAAUGGUUUCGAAAAAGAAUAACAAACUCGUGGGCAUGACCAUAGUUCGUUAUCCUGAUGAACCGGUUAUUUUUCAACCGAUUGCACCGUUGCUCGAUUGGAUCCGGAAGCCAAGGGUAGGACGUAAUCAAAGAAGAAGAAUAUAGGCUUGAAAAUAGGGGUUUCAGGCUCCUGAAAAAGCUGAAUACCGUCUCUUUUUUUGCCCCUGUCAUUUGAUGUUCAACAAAAGAACCGAAUAAAUUUGAAAAUUUGAGAAAAAUGCAUUUUAGUUUUCAUUCGCCCAUGCGCAGUUACGUGAUUAUCUGCACGUAAGUGUGAGCGAGAUAGCAUGAGUUUUGGGUAUCCCAGUGAAUAGGUACUACGGAACUGGUGAAAUGAUGGCUCGGUUUUAUUCAUAGCGUUUUGGAGGCGAUGGACACAUUAUUUUUGCCGAAUUCUGCUCGGAAAUGCGAGUUCUGGCCAUGU